GCAACAUCCGGGUCCUCUUCGAGUGCCUCUGCUCCCCAACAGCUAAGGGUAGCUAGCAAGCUGUCAAGCUGUCAAGUGGAGAGGCUGGGACGGACGUUUCAGCUUCCAAAAUUCACACGAAAAGCAAAAACGCUAAUAUAUCGUAGCGGUCGCCCGCUGAGAGAAUGUAACGCAUCAAGGUGGUACCCGAAGAGAAAGCUCCACUCCAGCGCUGUUCGGCUCUUGUGUGACGAUUGCUCUCUGCUAGCCUGAGUCCAGCCAGCCAAAGGCCACUUUCGUCGCUGUCCCGAGAGGGAUCCUCCCCGGUGUCAAGCGCGACCGGCCGCCUGGAGCUUCGGUCACAGCCUCGGCGUCUGACGCUGUCGAACAUUAUUACGGACAUUCGGUUUCAAGAGGGACACGAUGGGGGCAUUUCUGGACAAACCAAAGAUGGAAAAAUAUAAUUCCCACGGCGAGGGUAACAGCCUGCGCUUUGGGCUUAGCAGUAUGCAGGGCUGGCGGGUGGAGAUGGAAGACGCACACACGGCGGUCAUCGGCUUGCCUCACGGUCUGGACCCGUGGUCGUUUUUCGCCGUUUACGACGGGCACGCCGGCUCCCAGGUCGCCAAGUACUGCUGCGAGCACCUAUUGGAGCACAUCACCAGCAACUCCGACUUCCAAAGCGCUCUGCAGGAGGAUGCCUCGGUGGAAAGCGUGAAGAAUGGGAUCCGCACGGGCUUCCUGGAGAUCGACGAUCACAUGCGGAGCAUCUCGGAGAAGAAGCACGGUGUGGACCGCAGCGGCUCCACCGCGGUGGGUGUGAUGAUCUCGCCGAGCCACGUCUACUUCAUCAACUGCGGCGACUCGCGGGGACUCCUGAGCCGAGGCGGCGCCGUGCACUUCUUCACGCAGGAUCAUAAACCCAGCAACCCUCUGGAGAAGGAGAGGAUCCUCAACGCCGGCGGCUCGGUCAUGAUCCAGCGAGUGAACGGCUCCCUGGCCGUGUCGAGGGCCCUCGGAGAUUUCGACUACAAGUGCGUGCACGGGAAAGGCCCCACAGAGCAGCUGGUCUCUCCCGAGCCUGAAGUUUAUGCAAUCCAGAGAUGUGAAGGGGAUGAUGAGUUUAUUAUACUAGCUUGUGAUGGCAUCUGGGAUGUCAUGGCCAAUGAAGAACUCUGUGACUUUGUCCGCUCCAGGCUAGAAGUCACGGAUGAUCUGGAAAGAGUCAGCAAUGAAAUUGUUGACACUUGCCUGUACAAGGGCAGCCGGGACAAUAUGAGCGUUGUUUUAAUCUGUUUUCCCGGAGCUCCAAAAGUUUCUCCGGAAGCAGUUAAACGGGAAGCCGAGCUGGAUAAGUAUCUGGAGUCGAGAGUAGAAGACAUCCUUAAAAAGCAGGGAGAUGAAGGCGUACCAGACUUGGUCCACGUUAUGAGGACGUUAGCGUCAGAGAGCAUCCCAAACCUCCCUCCAGGCGGCGAACUGGCAAGCAAACGAAGUGUUAUUGAAGCGGUCUACAACAAACUCAACCCCUACCGAAGCGAUGACACGGACUCAGCGUCCACAGAUGACAUGUGGUAACGGCGUCGUACCACUAACACAACAUAGCGUUUACAAACCACCAUCCUCUCAAGACCCACAGCAGCUCAGCUCAGAAGUCUGUCUUGCCGUCACUCUGAGCUUUUGGUUUCUAAGAAGGGAAUUUCACGGGAGGAGGAGGAAGAGGAGUUUCAUGCACACAAACGUGGAGCUAAUGCAGCACCGGUCCACUCUGGAGUUCAGGAUCCCCCACCCAGCGUCGUGUCUCCCCUUUGUGUUCCCCCCCGUCCUAAAAAUCUUCCCUCUAAAGUCAAACAUAACAAGUGAGUCCACACGGCUUUCUUAACUUUAUUAUUAUUUUGGUUCAUAAUCGGCUUACGUAGUAGGAUGUUUUUUUUCUGUUGUUAUUGCUGUAAUUAAUUUGAUUCACAUUUCCUUGUGUGUUUGUAUAUUUCUGUUUUUGUGAAGUGCAAUUGUCUUGUACAAACAGCCUGUAUUUAAUGCAGCUUGAUUAAGUUAAAAAAAAAAAAUGAAAAAGAGAACCUUUUUAUGCACUAUCUGCCUUUUCCUGCUCUCCUGGAAUUUGAACCCAUUUCUACAUAGUGAAUAUUAGCGCUUGUCCUCCAGGCACAACGCUUUUCCUUUUCCUUGCUCCUCAGUUAGUCUAUGCUCCUUUAAGAAACGGGUAAAUUGUAUAGUUGACAGCACAGUAAGCUCUCUAUAUCUACCAUAUACACCCUGUCGAUCCCCACCCCGUGUGCUUUUGAAAAAAAAAAAGUAUUUUAUUUUUCUACGUGGUUUUCAGUAAUUGCAGCAAAGUGUCAUUUAGGAAAACAAUCCACCUGUCUGACUAGAUAGUUGAGAGGGUGAAAGCGUGUCCAGGUUGUAUUCACCACACGCCCGACACAGACCGGGCUUUUUCUUUUUAAGGGUAAUGACAGCUCUAUAAACCUGCCCUCUCAAUAUCACAUCCAUAUUCAGAGUGUGAGUACAUGCUCUUGACAUUUAUACGGGCAAGUUGUUUUGAAAUUCCAAGGACACAAAGUAGGUCUGUUUGUAGAUGUCUUUCACGAGUAGUUUCAUUUUUCUAAUUGAAUUUUUUUUUUUUUUUCUUGCAAGCCUUGUGUGUGUGUGUGUGUGUGUGUGCGUGUGCAUGGUCAUACUGUUAUUGUUCCAUCUUUUGUGGUACAACUUUAAACAUCCCACUUUUUUUUCCUCUCACUGACUCAUUCACUGCCAUUGACGGCAACAGUCGUCAAGUCCAUUUGAACUGGCACAGGUGGCAUUGAGUGAUCUAAUUUCCUUGACGACAAUAGACGUCGAAUCCAUUUCGACAUUGACAUCUAUCGCCGCCAAUAAGUUCAACCUCUGUGAGGUUGGCCCCCGCAUCAGACGCAAAUUUAUAUAAAAAUGAUGUCUAUCGUUUGAGCUGUAAAAGUUUUUGUUUUUGAGAUGUAUUGACAAUUCCUUUAUAGGUCAAUCUGAGGUCAACUAGCUCCCCCGUUUUGAUUAAAAAUGGCAAAAAAAUGGUGUCAAUCGCUUGUGCUUUGUGUGGUCAAAAUUUUUGUUUGUACUGCAACUGUUUUGUAGAUACAGUGGAACCUCAACAUAUGAUCGCUUCGACACACGAUCAUUUCUACAUCCGACGUAACAUUUGACUGGCCAUUUGUUUCUACAUAGGACGAAAUGCUCGAAAAAGGAUUUGUGACAGCGUCACAAUUUCAUUUUCCCGCAAGACGGACGCACGGCGGAUUUUCUUGUGAGAGAAAUCAACAUGGGUUCCAAGAAUGUUAAAGCAGGUGGUGUAAAAAGAAUAAAAGGUGAGGCCUACCAUUGAAAUGAAGCAGGAAAUGAUGGAAAAAUAUGAGCGUGGUGCGCAUCUGUGAAAUGAUUGACAAUACGGCAGUAGAUCUCGACGGUCCUCUUCCAACCUCCGUUCGCCAGUCUUUAUAAGUUAAAUUGACGAUUAUGAUUGUAAAAGCUUCGUCAGGUUUUUAAUCAUUUAUUUCAGAACUUGUGUAACACAACACGUCUAUGUUCCCGCGCAGCUGAACAAAGUAAAAGUCAGCCAGGCUGUGCGUUCAGGUACACCACGCAAAACACAUCCGCCACAGUAGAACACGAUUCUUUACACUAUUACAGGUAUUAUUGUAUCAUUAUUCUGAUUUUUAUUCAUUAUUCGUUUUGCUCUCUGUAAUUGCUAUUUGCAAUAGUACCAGAAGCAUUUAUUAAUGAUUUAGUGCAAGUGUUCAGGGAGUGGAAUGAAUUAAUGGAAUUAUAAUGUAUUCUUAUUGGAAAAUCUUGCUCGACAUACGACCAUUUCCACUUACAAACAAGGUCCUGGAACGAAUCAACUUCGUAUGUAGAGGUAACACUGUAUUCUGCUUUUGAUUUGUAGUGAUGAUGUCACGCAGCCUCCCCAUCUACGGCGGAAAGGAACCGCAGUGGUGCCAUUUGUGCUGUAAAAAUUUUCGUUUAAUGAGGUCACGCGCAGCCUACCAUUUUAAUGCAAAAUGGAUGAAAAUUUUUAAUGCACAAACGUAGCAGAAAUGAAUUGUACCACUUCAGGUACGUUUUGCAGUAAAUUAGGGGGUUGCAAGAUGUCAUCACUGUACAUUGGUACCUCUGUACAAAUUUAAUUUGUUCCAGGACUUGGUUUGUAUGUUGUAAUGGUCGCAUGUCGAGUGGGAUUUUCCCAUAGGAGUACAUUGUAAUUCGAUUAAUUUGUUCCACAGCCCAAAAAUCUAAUCUUUAAUAAACUGCAGGUACAAUUACAAAUAGCAAUUGCACAUAGUAAAACAAAUAAAUUAUAAAUACAAAUUGGAAUUAUAAUAUUGGGUUCUAAUUUGGCAGUUGUGUUUUGCAUGCUGCUCGUAAAUGCGCCAUGUGACUGACGAGAGAGAGAGAGAGGUACAGCAAAAGUUUUUACUUUUCAUGUUCUGUUGUUGGCGUCGGCUACGGCGAAUAAUAGCGGUGUUGUGUUGGACAAGUUCUGAAAUAAAGAAUAAAAACCUGAUAAAGCUGGCGACUUCCUUGCUGAUGUUACAAUAAUAAUAAUGAGAAUGAUCCUCGAGAUUGUAGACAUAUUACGCACGGAUUGUCGAGCCAGUUCUCUGACGUUCACACAACGUUCAUAUUAUUCAAUCAUUUCUGUCCAAAUUUUAAUGGUGUCACCUUUUUUGUUUUUCGCCACCUGCAUUAACCGUUUGAGACCCAUGUUGAUUUCUCUCACAAGAAAAUCGGCCGCGCGUCCGUCUUGCUGGAAAACAAUGAAAUUACGACACUGUCAUAAAUCGUAUUUCGAGCAUGUCGUCAUACGUCGAGACAAAUGACGAUUCAAAUUUUACGUCUAAUGUCGAAAGGAUCGUAUGUCAAGGUGCUACUUUAUUUUAAAAGUGGAAUAUCUACAAAACAGUUGUAGCACAAAAGGUUUUCCAGCACAAACGAUUAAUAACAUUUUUAGAAUACAAAUGGGUGGCUGUUUGACCUUAGAUUGACCUAGAAUUGUAAAUAUCUCAAAAACGAUAGUGGCACAAACUAAACUUAUUACAGCACAAACGAUAGACAUAUUUUUAUAAAUUGCGUCUGAUGAGGGGCCAACUUCUCGGUGGGAUGAGUUAAUUUACGAAAUACAGUACUAUUAAAGCAGUUACAACAGUUGUUGAUCUGUAAUAUACCAAAGUUACUUUAUGGUCAAUGUAAACAUUGUUCUAGAGAAGAUCUGGUUCGUCUAUCAAAGUUAAUGGCAGUUAAUUGGGGACAGUUUUUUUGUGUGAAAAUUUUCGCCUGGGCCACAUAAUAGGGAAAGACUGUGUGCCCCACCCCAGCCCAAACAACAUUGAUGUACGUUUUAAAGCUGAUCUGGUUAAUUGGACUGAUGUGAAGACUUGAGCACUGACUGUUUCACAGUGUGACCAUAGGAUCAACUGUCGGCUCAAAUACUUUAAAGGCCUUCUUUAUAUAGUUUGUGGGGGGCAUUCAUACCAAGAACAAAUCCGCUGAUUGUAAAGAGUUGUCUUGGUCGUGUAAAGCACCAUGUUUUUUCUUUCUUGGGGGUUUUGCUGCGCUGCGCGUCCAAGCCGGCCAGGCCUCAGUCCAGUUUGCUGCUAGCGCCAAUGAUUCGUGUGUUCACCUCAUGUUCUUCUUCAUUAGUAUCCCCUCACAAGGCAGAUACGUUUUCUCUGAGAGUAAAGGUUGUUCUUUCUCCUUCAUUUUCUGCUAUUUUAUGGUCUAAAAUUGCAUUGUGGAAAUUAAUGUAUGUAUAUAUUUUUGACUUUAACAUUCAAGGAAUAAAUAUGUUGUUUGAGUUAGAUUUUCGUUUAUUUUCAACAUAGACAAAUGGCAUUCUGCUUUGUUUCAGGGCCCUUUUUGUUGAAAACUAAGAUUGAAAUCCUUUCCUGAUUUGAUCUGCAGUUUUAAGAUAUCAAACAAUUUUUGGUUCUAAAACAACAAUCCUGUCCCUCGAAUCUUGGGUCACAAAUUCGACUCGAGAACCACAACCCGAACUGCUAAAUGAUCUCAUGAUACCUUUUCAAUCACUGGUGGUGCUUUUCAGUCUAUGAUUAAGCAGCUAUUUAGCUACAUAGAUGUAAAACUAACACACAGGGUACAACUAUAAAGGUGCCACAACACCAAAAAGUCAUCUAAGCUAUUGUGGUUGUUUAAUUAGUGUGACGAACUACAGAUGGAAGUCUGAAAUUGGCGUAACUCAUUUCUUGCCAUUGAUACAAUAUUUUAAAAAAAUGUCAGUAGAACUUGAAAUUUCAAGUCCACCAGAUUUCAGUUGAAUUUUCUAGUUUUGAUGGAAAUAUAAAUAUAAAUUAUAUAGUCGAGUUAUUGUCAAAAACGCUAUGAACUUUAAAGUACUGUAUUUAUUGGACUAUAUACUAAAAUCUAGGGCUGUCAAACGAUUAAAAUUUUGAAUCGAAUUAAUUGCAGCUUAAAAAUUAAUCGUAAUUAAUCACAAUUCGAACCAUCUCUAAAGUAUGCCAUUUUUUUCUGUAAAUUAUUGUUGGAAUGAAAAGACAUAAGACAGAUAUAUACAUUCAGCAUACGGUACAUAAGUGCUGUAUUUGGUAAUCAUAACAAUAAAUCAACAAGAUGGCAUUAACAUUAUUAACAUUCUGUUAAAGCGAUCCAUGGAUAAAGACUUGUAGUUCUUAAAAGAUAAAUGUUAGUACAAGUUAUAGAAAUUUUAUGUUAAAACCCCUCUUAAUGUUAUUGUUGUAAUAAAAUUUGUAAAAAUUUUCAAUCAAAAAAUAAACUAGUAGCUCGCCAUUGUUGAUGUCAAUAAUUACACAAUUCUCAUGGUGCUGAAACCCAUAAAUCAGUCGCACCCAAGCGCCAGCAGAGGGUGACAAAACAAAAAACACAAGUAACAAGUGGACAUUACACUGUGCUGUCAUUUUAAUCUGUUUGAGCGGGGCAUGUGCGUUAAAUGCGUCAACUAUUUUAACGUGAUUAAUUAAAAAGAUUAAUUACCGCCCGUUAACGCGAUAAUUUUGACAGCCCUACUAAAAACAUAUAUGUUGCACGAGACUAUAGGUCUCAUUUUGGGAGGAAGUUUUUUUGAUAAAAUCUAACACCUCAUGUCAUCGUGAAAGUCAAUUUAAGAUUUAAAAAAAAAAAAAAAAUACAACAGACUGAAUACAUGUGUGGGAUGCUAAAGUUACACAACACAUAAACAACGUACUGAGAUUACAGUUUUCAGCUCCAUAUUUCACAACUUGCAGUUUGUUAUCUGCACGAUAUGAUUUUCUUUUCGGUGCCAUUUUGUUCAGCCAUUCUCAGUUAUUUUUAGAAGUUACCGCUGUUGAAAUGCAGGCCUUGAGCACUCUCUUGUGGUUUAGUGUGAAAUUAACGUAAAAUGAUACAAUAAUGCUCUAAUAAUUUCACACGUCGCACCCCCGGCCAAACUAUGGAGGGAAAAAAAAGUCUUAUAGUCCAAAAAAUAUGGUAAACUGGACUUCAGUUUUGUUUGAAUUCAACAUUCAUCAUGCAGUUAACGGCAUUAGCCAUGCAAUCCAUUUUGACUGGGAGCCAAUAAUCGCUGCCAACCUUUCCCAGUCAAAAUAGAUCAGACGUCAAGUGCCAUCAUUGGCAGCCAAUGAGUUAAAUGAACUGAACUCCAAAUUUUAUGUGGGACUCAGGUUUAAUAACAUACUCAAUGAUCUAAGUGGGUUAUUUCAAUGACAACAGAACUUAACAGCCAUAAUUCAAUUUAACGCAACUUAUUUUGUGAAGUUAACAUUGUUUACCUGAUCAACUGUCACGAGUACUCAAAGUAAAGUUACUGAAGAACACUUUCUUUGACAGUGGCGUCAAAAGACCGACAUAAUUAUGACAUGGCACUGUCAUGAGCAUUAAUGGAUGCUUAUGGCAGAUGUCAUGAAGUGUCAUCCGGAAAAUUAUGUCACUUUUGAAUGGAAGUAAAAGACACGGACUGGACAUUAAUGGAUUUUGAAACAAAAUAUGCCAGGUAGACGUCGUGACAUCUGUCAUAAGCAUUCAUUAAUGCUCAUGACAGUUUCCUGUCAUAAUUAUGCCGGUCUGAUGACAGUCUUAUGACGUCACUGUCAAAUAGUCUGACCGAAAACUUUGAGUAGCAUCUACUUAACAUUUUAAGUUAGCAUAACUCAUUGGAAAUUUUUAUUAUUUUUUUACAGUGUAGCGAUUAACAUCAAUGGCAGCCAAUGAGUUAAAAACAUGAGAAGACUUAACAGUUAUGAAUUAUAUUGACAAAAUGUGUGUGUGGCUUAACUUUUUUUUGAUGAAAAAAAAAAAAGAAUAAAACAGACAUACAAUCAUGACAAGGUGUUUGAAAACAGUAUUUUAAUAAUUUUGAUCAGAAAGAUUGCUAAUUGAUAUUAUGUGAUGGAGUUGUUACUGUCACCUUUUCUUUAUGAUACAUUUUCAAAGAGAUCGUGCUUUUCUGCUCUUACCACUGAGAAGCCUUCAGGUUUGCUGAUUGUAACCAAUGAGAAACACUGACUGUAUUCCGUAUAGCUAGAAGGUUAAAUAAGACUUGGCAUUGAUACUAUUAUGUUUUUAUCCAUCACAUGGCUUACACUCCCGUCAAAAUCCUAACAAUAACAACAAUACCUCAUUUGUGAAUCAUUGUGUUUCAAUGUUGUGGAUGGCGAUAGACGUCCGAUCCGUUUUGACCGGAAACCGGACGGGACGUCUAUCGCUGUCGACGAUAGCCACUAAGUUAAUUGGACUUAUUUUUCCAGCGAGUCGUAAUCACUGAUGCUCUGCGUAAUGACCUUUUUUCAGAAAAUAUAAUUGCACACACACCAAAAAAAAAAAAAAAAAAGAGUCUCUUUGUCGACAUCGUCUGCGUUCUGCAAGGAAGGACGAACGGAGAUUUGAAUAGAUUUUGCAGACGCCCUCUUGUACAUAUACAAUAGAUGUACCUUGUUUGUGGCGUUAACGGUGUAAGCAGUGAGGUUUAUUUGCGCCGGCCCCCUUCCCGCCCGCCUCACUUUCCAGCUCAUAAUAAGCUCACCGAUUUGCCUUACCCACCCUCCUUCCCUCAUCAUGUCGCCCCCGUAAAUGGAGGAACAAAGCUGCCAAGAUUAAAAGAAAUAAUAAAAAGUGAAAAUAAAACGGCUAUAAAUACAAAACUAAGAAAUGAGAUCAUUAAAAUACAAAAAUACAUAAGGAAUUAAGUCAUUAAAAAAAGAAAAAUGAAUAUAAAUACAAAAAUAAGAUGAGGUUAAUUAAAAAUACAAAAGGUAUGAAUUAUAAGCGCUCUCUCUCGUGCUCUCGUAUUUUUUUUUGCACAAGACAAAACAUUCAAAUGAUGGGGCAGUCUUAUGUGUUCUUUGGGUUGAACUGUUUGCCUAUUAUUCAUGUAGAUGCUAAUGCUGCCUUCACAUGCGAUGGGAAAGAUGACCUCUGUGAAGUUGGCCUCCCAUCAGACGCAAAUUUAUAGAAAAAUGAUGUCAUUUGUUUGUGCUACGUUUGUGCUUGUUUGUGCAAACUAUUAACUAUUUUUUGUAGGUCAACCAUCCCCAUGUUUGAUGAAAAAUGGCUAAUAAUGUUGUCAAUCGUUUGUGCUGUAAAAAUUGCUGCUAUCGUUUUUGAGAUAUUGAGAUUAAUUUCGAGUGAUGAUGUCACGAGGCCCCCUAUUUAUUGCAAAAUGGACCUGAAAUGGUGCCAUUCGUUCAUGCUAUGUUUGUGCUCGUAUGUGCUGUAAAAAUAAUUUGUUUGUGCUGCUAUCGUUUUAUAGAGAUUGCAAAAUAAAUUUUUGAGUGAUGACGUCACUCGCCGCUUUUCCGUAUCCAACUCCCUGACUGACGGAGCGUACCGACUCUCUCAAUAACAUAGAGGUAUUGCAAUAACUAGCGCAAAAAUAGCACAAACAAAUGGCACCCCUUCGGGUUCAUUUUGCAGUCAACGGGUAGCUUGAGUUAUUAAUUUCAACUGAUGAUGUGACUCACAGCCCCCCCCCCCCAUUUACUGCAAAAUUGACCCGAAGGGGUGUCAUUCAUUUGUGCUACGAUUUUGCUAGUUGUUGGGACACCCCUCUGUUAUUGAGAGAAUUGGUAUGCUCAGUCAGCGGCAAUGGCACGUACAACAUCACAUGAAGGCAGCAUAACGCAACGUAGAUGCUUAUGGCUAGCGCUAUACUAAGGUGGAUGCUACUGCUCAUGGUAUUCGCUAACAUUAAUUGCAAAUGCUAAGCGCUAAUGCCACUCAUCGUCUGCAACAGCUAGCAUUGGCUACUCAUUGGAUUUGGUGAUGAAGAGCCCAUCAGCCAUUGUGUACUUUUUGUUUUACAUGGUCAUGCACAGGUAGUUAGCGAGUCGAUCACCAAUAGGUGAAUAGAAGGUGAAAGGCCACACCCUCAUUUGAAUUAGUUUUAUCUUGCGCCUGUUCACUGACUAUGAAAGGGAAAAAAAGCGACCAGGAGCAAAGAUGCUUUUAUUUUUUGAUAAAUAGUAAGGCUGCCACAAUUGGUUAUUUAAGUAAUCGAUUAAUCUAUGAAAUAGUUAGCGCGAAUAAUCGAGUAAUCAAAUUAGGAACAUUUAAUGGGUUGCAGAAUAAAUUUCAGGAGAUGUAAAACAAAGGCUUGCUAAGAUUGCACUUUUAAAUGAGCAUUAAAUGUGGAUACAAAAUAAAAUUCCUGAAUUUUUCUUCAAACUAUGCAGAAUUGCACUUUCACUUUCCUUAAAUUAAAACACUUGAGCUUAGCUUCAAAAGGUAUAAAUAAAUAAAUGAAUAAAUGAGGAUCUAAGUACAGUAAAAGAACAAUUGGCUAACCUCCAUGGCAAAAGUCCGCCAGCUUAAAUGCUAUAAAAUGCUCAUGUUUUUUCCCCCCAAUACUUUUAACAAAUUGUUAAAAAACAACAACAAAAAAGCUAAAUAUACCUCUAAACUAAAUUACGAAUGCAUAAUAAAAACAUGUUUGCGCAAACACUUACGUCAGUCUGAACAGAGAGCAGCUAGAUUCAGCCAUGUUAAGAGUUAUGUCAUCUUCACUAUGAGCUGAACUAGAGAGCUGAUUAUCCACCGAAAUCAAUAAAACUAAAUGCAAACACUUUCAAAACAAGCCAUUACAAAGCCACUCUAAUUAAAAGAAUCCUCGACGCAGCAAAAUUUAAUUUGAAGCUUUUUUCUAAUCGAAUUACUCAAGUUAAUUGAUUAAUCGUUGCAGCACGAAUUGAUAGUUCACAUAUAUUUUUGUAUUUACAGUAUAUUCCUUUUUUAUUUUUACUAAUUUUUAAUGAUGUAUUUAUUUUUCUAUUUAUUCAUUCAUCUUCCAAGCCGCUUAUCCUCAUAAGGGUCGUGGGGGUGCUUGAGCUGAUCCCAGCUAACGGCUAGCUGUAGGCAGUGUACAUGCUGAAUAACUGCCAUAUUUAUUUAUAUAUAUUUUUAUUUUUAAAUCUCAUCUCUUAUUUUUGUAUUCAUAGUCAUCAUUUCCAUUUUAUCUAUGUAUUUAUUUGAAAUAUUGGCAGCUUUGGUCGUCCGUACCCGUAACGUUACUUGUUGAACAAAAACCCAACGAGGAAGACAAACGCUGCUCGUGCUCACGCUAAGGUACUUAAGCUAAGGAGGGGGGGAAAAAGUGACGCGUAUGUUAACCUUUUUUUUGAGUAAUAAUGUUAAAAUGUUUUUUUCUUUUUUAAUUUAAUUUUCCUCCUACUGCAGUGUCAUAAGUUAAACACAAGUGUGUUAACAUGGUGACCUCGAGAGCAUUGCAAGUGUCUGCUCUGCUAUAUUUAUAAGUACAUUCAAGAAUAGCUUUGGAGUGCUGUAGAUAGGUAUUGUCAAUGUUGAUUCAAAUGCUUCUCCGAGGCUCCGCCCCCACAUUUAUGACUACUGUAUAUUUUCUAUGAUGUUCCCGCUCCAAAGGAAUGACGGAAAAAAACAUGUUUUGGGGAGGGAAUUGUUUGUGUUGUCAGUUGAACAAAUUGCAUUCCUCGCUUGUGGAUUGAUGCAUUUCUCUCCCUGCUCCUUCGAUUCUUGACCUUCCCUUCCUUUAUUUUUAUUUUUUUUAAGCCUUUAAAGUUUGAAUAAAGUUUCUAGUUUGCAGAAUGUAUUACCAAAUAAAUGGGUUGUCAUCUUGUA